AUGACCGGUCCAAACCUGACCAACAACCUUCUUGGCGUCCUUAUGAGAUUUCGUAAGGGCGCUGUUGCUGUCAUGGCAGACAUACAGCAGAUGUUUUACAGUUUCCUUGUAAGACAAGACCACAGGAGAUACCUGAGAUUCGUAUGGCCAGAGGACAACGACCUCAGCAACAACUUAUUGGAUUACCAAAUGAAUGUCCACGUGUUUGGAAAUAGACCAUCGCCUGCUGUGGCAACUUAUGGUCUUCACAAGGCAGCAGAGAUGGCAGCGUCUACUGUAGGUAAAGAUGUCGAAAAACUUGUGAAACGGGACUUUUAUGUAGAUGACGCCCUUACCUCCCACGACUCUAGUGAGGAAGCCAUUGAUCUUUUGAAGAGAACCCAGUAUGCACUACAAGAAUUCGGAAACAUCCGGCUUCACAAGCUAUGCUCUAACUCUCGUCAAGUUUUGGCGGCGUUCGACAAGGACGACCUUGCAAAGGAUCUGAAAGAUCUAGAUCUGGAAAACGAGUUUCCACUGCAGAGAAGUCUUGGGGUAUGUUGGAAUGUCCAGCAAGAUACAUUUACCUUCCGCGUCACCCUAGAUGACAACGCCUUCACCAGAAGGGGUGUUCUAUCCACAAUCAACGGCCUCUAUGACCCCAUAGGUCUAGCUGCAGCAUUUACAAUCACAGGGAAACUUCUACUGCGAGAAAGUCUCACCGAAACCCUGGGCUGGGAUGAGCCCUUACCUCAUCGGCUGUUGGAAAGAUGGUCUCAUUGGAAGCAAUCACUAGAUGCGUUGAAGAAAGUGCAGAUCCCAAGAAUGUACUGCCCCAAGUCAAACGACGACAUACAACAGAGAGACCUGUAUGUGUAUUCAGAUGCGUCGGAGAAGGCAGUAGCAGCAGUGGCCUACUUGCUGUCAGUGGACAAGAACGGCGACAAGCAUCUAGGAUUUGUCCUCGGAAAGGCAAAGGUUGCACCUAAGCAUGGUCAAACGAUUCCACGACUGGAGCUAUGUGCCGCCGUUUUGGCCGUUGAAACCUAUGACAUCUGCCAACAGGAGCUUGAUCUUGACAUACACCAAGCACACUUCUUCACAGACAGCAAAGUGGUCCUUGGAUACAUCUACAAUGAAACACGUAGAUUUCACAUAUACGUUGGAAACCGGAUAGACCGCAUCAGGACUUCCACUAGACCAGAUCAAUGGCGUUAUGUUCCCUCAUCUCUGAACCCAGCUGACGAUGCAACACGGGGAGUGACUUCCGAAGAUUUACCGGAGAGCAAAUGGCUGAAGGGAACUCGCCAUGCACUGAAGGACAGCGACACUAGCAGGGACAUCUCUAAGUUCCCACUUGUGCUACCAGAAGAAGACAAAGAAGUGAGAACUCUCAAAACAGAUUUCAAUAAGAGGUGUUUUCUUGGUUGUGAAAGGUUUAAGAGGUUUUCAUCAUGGACCGCGGUGGUCAGGGCCAUUAGCCUGAUUCAGAAUCGACUCAGAACUCUUUCAGCAGAACAGACUCUCCGUGAUUCUGUUUAUAUUCGGGAUCUUGCACAACUCGCGGUCAUACAGGCUUUACAACACGAAAUCUUUGCAGAGGAAAUCAGGGCUUUGACAAACAACCGCCAGCUUGCAAAGAACAGUCAAAUACGCAAUCUCUCACCAUACCUGGACAAGGAUGGCAUCCUUCGAGUCGGGGGACGUCUGAAUAAUUCGCAGCUGAACUCUACAGUUAAAAACCCCAUCAUAAUCCCUCGACAUCAUCUCAGUAUGCUGCUUGUUCAUCACUUUCACGAGAAAACGUGUCAUCAAGGCCGGCAACUAACUGAAGGUGCUGUUCGCAAUGGAGGUUUUUGGAUUUUGGGCAGCAAGCGACAAGUAGCUUCGUGCAUACACAACUGUCUGCAGUGCAGACGCUCUCGGACUAAGCUUGAAACUCCAAGAAUGGCUGACCUUCCGUCUGAUAGGCUGAACCCAACACCACCAUUUACCAACGUUGGCAUUGACGUCUUUGGACCAUGGCAGAUCAUGACCAGAAGAACUUGA